CUUUCCCUGGGCCACGUCAUCACUAGUCGCAAACAAACAUGGCGUCGCCCUGCACCGGCUCGUCCUGUCUGACUCUCUUUGCGCUGGUCGCGGCCCUUUUUGCGGUGUUAUGUCUGACAAGGCCGGUGUCACCUCGGCUCGUGGGUCUCACUGUGGUGUCCGGGCUGUUGUUGCUGUGGCUGCGGAGUUUGCGGCAGCGGGACGCUUGGACCAAGCGGCGGGUGUGCGCGCUGGUGCUGGGGGACAUCGGUCGCAGCCCCCGAAUGCAGUACCACUGCUUGUCCCUGAGCAAACAUGGAUAUGAGGUGACGUUUGUCGGGUUUUUAGACUCCAAACCUCACCAGGACGUCCUGAGAGAGGAUAAAAUCAGGAUAGUCCCCAUAGCAGAGGUGAAAGGUGUUCGAGUGGGACCAAAGCUCCUCACGUAUGUGACGAAGGUGAUUGUUCAGUGUCUGCAGCUUUGCUCUGUGCUGCUGAGGAUGGACCUGCAUUCUCACAUUCUCCUGCAGAAUCCCCCUGGUCUGCCCACCAUCGCAGUGGCCUGGUUAGUGUGUGUCCUGCGUGGCAGCAAAUUGAUCAUCGACUGGCACAACUAUGGCUACACCAUCAUGGCCCUGAGUCACGGACAGAGACACCCGGUGGUCAGAUUGGCGAAGUGGUACGAGCACUUCUUCGGCCCUCUGGCCACUCACAACCUGUGUGUUACCAACGCCAUGAAGGACGACCUGCAGAAAAACUGGGGCAUCAAAGCGACAACUCUUUACGACAGACCAGCCUCCAUCUUCAGAGAGACUCCACUGAAGCUGCAGCACGAGCUCUUCGUGAGACUGGCCAACACUUAUCCUCAGUUUCAGCACAGAAGUUCUGAGGAUGUGGAGGCGGAGGCGGAGAACUCGAUCUUCUCAGUCCAUGAGCUCACUGACGACUCUGUGACCUUGAGGAAGGAGCGGCCGGCUCUGCUGGUCAGUAGCACCAGCUGGACAGAGGAUGAAGACUUCUCUGUCCUGCUGAAGGCUCUUGAAGAGUAUGAAGGGUUCAUUAAAGAUGGAGCUUCGUUACCAUCUUUAGUCUGUGCGAUCACAGGUAAAGGUCCUCAGAAAGAACACUACAGGAAGCUGAUAGACUCUCUCAAUCUAGAGCACGUGAAGAUCUGCACUCCCUGGCUGGAGGCAGAAGAUUAUCCUGUUUUAUUAGGUUCAGCAGACCUGGGUGUUUGUCUCCACAUGUCCUCCAGCGGUCUGGAUCUGCCCAUGAAGGUGGUGGACAUGUUCGGCUGCUGCCUGCCCGUCUGCGCCAUCAAAUUUGACUGUUUACAUGAGCUGGUCAAAGACAAGGAGAAUGGACUCAUCUUCACUGACUCUCAGGAGCUCGCUGAGCAGCUUAAAUCUCUCCUGUCAGAGUUUCCCAGUUCAGCAGGCAGACUGGAUUCGUUCAGGGGGUACCUCCGCACCAGCAGAGGUCAGCGCUGGGACGACAACUGGGACCAGAACGUCCUGCCUUUAAUCACUGCAGAGAAAUAAAAAUCAGGUUUGCAUGUUUUUUUUUUUUAAGGACUUUAUAUAUUUCAGAUAAAAAAAUUGUAUGGUGACUUCAGUGACAUACACAACAUCAAAAUGGUGUUGAAGAGCAGCACGGAAGUGAGAGAAAAUGUCCUGAGUGUGAAGGAAGAGGAUCAAGACCUUGUGAUGAUGAUGAUGAUGAUAGUAAAUUCUCCCCUGUAAAAUAAAACAUAGACGUGUUGUCACUUGAGCAGGUAGUAAUCUUCCUGUUUCAAUGGAGAAAAUUAAUGAACUGAUUAAUUUGGUUACUACUGUAAAUCUCAUCAUGGUUUAACUACCAGUAUCAUGAACUUCAGGCGCAGUAUUCCACACUAGUUCCAAUGCACCAAAUGAACAUCCUCAUCGUUCAAGGUUCAUAUCGGAGGUGAAGACGACAAGCAGUCCUGUGAGAUGCUUCCUCUUCUUUUUCUUCUUCUAUUGUUUAAUGUCUCAACUUCCUACAAUGUCAGAAAGUCCGAACAAUGCACAAAAAAUGUUUUCCACUGAAACCAACUAAUCCUGGUUCAGUUUGAUCGUGGCCAAAGCCACUCUUUGGGUCAGACUAAAUUAGAUUGAUAGUCUGAGUAAGGCACCUUUUGCACCUUUUACUUUGGCUAAGACCAAAUCAUUGUAGGUGUGACUGUUUUUCUUCCUACUUCGGAGAACUGGAAUGUAUAAAAGAAACUUUGAUGUACUUUUGUAAAUAAAAUCUGUAUGGUGCUA